AUGGUGGACUUUGGCCUUGUUGACGACCAAUGCAAGUUGCGUCUCGCGAUUGAUGCGGUGCCAAUUCCCGAGGACUUUUCUAUCCUUUCAGAGCCUAAACUGUGUUGCGAGAUGGCGUGUCAGACCGAACAGCCCGCCAAAAAAGAUGCUGCAUGUCAAACCCAUCCCGACAUGAAGCAUAUGUCAACGCAACAUCGCUGGAAACCUGAACGAAGGAGCAAGAGCACUCAGAUGAAGCAACAGAAAAGGCAUGUUGGUUGCAAGACUUCCACACCAUUCAUACCACUAGAAAAAGGUCCUCUUGCAACCUCUACCCCCUUGAAAAGGCCCAGAAGAGAGGCUGAGGAUUCUGAUUGUAGUUUCCAACCAGGAAUGACUGACAGCAGCAUCUAUAAUGAGAGCACUGUAAUUGCAACACCACCCCAUAUAAUGAGGAAAUUCAUUGUUUAUGAGGAAAACCUCAUGGACCUGUUCAAGAAUUGCCCUGCCUGCUCGAGACACUCUGCAAUAAAGAGCAGAACAGUGGGUACAGUUCUACAUGUGGACCAGACCUGUGUUCAUUGUGAACAUCACAAACAGUGGGCCAGCCAACCAUAUGUCAAGAACAUACCAGCUGGAAAUCUGCAGCUUGCUGCUGCUGUGCUCUUUAGUGGCUCAUCCUUCUUGCAAGUCACCAAGUUUAUGCAGGCAUUCAACAUUCAGGGGAUUUGCCACACUACAUACCUGAAACACCAAAGGACAUUCCUAUUCCCAACAAUCAAUUGGCAGUGGAAACAGCAUCAAAAUACAGUGAUUGCAGAAGCACUCAAAGGAAGGAAUGUAGUUCUGGGUGGGGACAUGCGUGCUGACUCACCUGGACACAGUGCAAAGUAUGGAACAUACUCGCUGAUGGACCUCAGAGCAAACAAGAUCAUGGAAAUUCAGCUCAUUCAGAGCAAUGAAGUCGGCAACAGUCAGCGUAUGGAGAAGGAAGGUUUAGAAAGAAGCCUGAGAGAGCUAGAGCAGAGAGGAGUAACUGUGCGAAAGAUUGUCACUGACAGACAUCCUGGUGUGAUGAAGUUCCUCAGAGAGAGUAGACCAAGUAUUUUGCACAGAUAUGAUGCAUGGCACAUGGCAAAAGGUGUUGGCAAGAAAAUUGAUGAGCUUGCAAAGCAAAGAAGCUUCAAAGAGGUUGGCCCCUGGAAAAAAAAAGCAUCGUGA